AUGGACGAGAGGAGCAGAACGGCGUUGUUUAACGCGCUGGUGUGGAUUGAUUCGCUCAAGACCCACGAAAAUGUCGCGAACGUGGAGGCCGUUGAUGCUGCUCUCACCCGUAUGACCGAGGCCUUUGGCCUGGACGUGCAGGACGUCGAGCAGCAGCAGCGACUGGCAAUAAAGGGAAGUGUCUCAUUUGAUGAGAUAUUUGCCGCUGGUCUCAAGGCGCUGAACCUGGAGACGGGUUUAGGUAAUGAGAUCAAGUCGGAGGUGGACGAUGAUCCCGUUUUCAAGAAGCACCCCGAGCUAUGGAAGAAAUGGGUAGCCAAGUUGGAGACCAAGGGGUUUUUCAACAACGCAACUCCUGGCACAAGUGAGUACGUUGCCCGCACGUCCAAGGCGAUGGCUAAGUUUAAGGAGAAGUUUGGGGGCGUGGCGCCAGAGAUGACAACCGAAGAAAAGGAAGCGAAAGCAGAGGAGGCGAAGGCGCAGGGCAAUGCAGCACUGGGUCUGCAGGAUUACGAGGGAGCUGCGAAGUUCUAUCGCGCAGCGCUACAGCUUUCAUCAGAUGGACCGUCGUCUCAUAUUUACCAUUCGAACUUGGCAGCGGCCUUGAUGUACUUGGGUCAGUACACGGAGGUGAUUGACCACUGUGAGCAGUCGAUUUCGCUAAAGCCGUCGUACGUGAAGGCCUACUCGCGUAUGGGUAGCGCACAGGUACAGCUUAAGGACUUUGAUGGCGCAGUCGACACGUUUAGACGUGGAUUGGAGGUCGACAGCACCAAUGCGGCUUGCCGUGACGGACUUGCGCAUGCUGAGAGCGAACGUCGGCAAAUGCAGACAACCCCUGUAGCUUCGACAUCCAGACCGACGCCUUCAGCUGGAGGUGCUGGUGGCAUGCCUGACUUGUCGAGUCUGGCGGGUAUGCUUGGUGGAGGGGGCGGCGGACUUGCCGACCUCAUGAACAAUCCGCAGAUGAUGCAGAUGGCCCAGAGCAUGAUGCAGAACCCGCAAAUGAUGCAGAUGGCGCAGAAUAUGAUGCAAAAUCCGGAAAUGCUCGGCAAUCUUAUGGGCGGCGGCGGUGGUGGAGCUGCUGCUUCGGACGCUGGAGCGGGAAGCGGCAUGCCUGAUAUGAGCAGCCUGAUGAACAGUCCUGAGCUUGUGGCGGCGCGAUCGGACCCGGACCUGGCAGACUUUUUUCGUGACGUGGACAGCGAGGGCCCAUCUGCUGCAAUGCGUCACAUGUCGAACCCAAAGGUCUCACGUCUUGUGCAGAAUAUGAUGCCUCGGAUGCAAGGCUAG